UCAUAAAUCAUAAUUCUAUCAAAAAAAAAUAUAUUUAUUGAGGGUAAAAAAAGCAUAAAGGGAAUCAUGAAAUCCAUUUACUCCAUUUUGUUAGUGCAAUUUUUGUUUGUAGUCUCUUCAUUUGCCAAGGAUUUUGAUUUCUUUUACUUUGUUCAACAGUGGCCAGGAUCAUAUUGUGAUAGCAAACAGAGUUGCUGCUAUCCAAGCACAGGGAAACCAGAAGCAGAUUUUGGAAUUCAUGGUCUCUGGCCAAAUUACAAUGAUGGUAGUUACCCUUCUCAGUGUGAUCCCACCCGUCCUUUCGACCAAUCUCAGGUAUCUGAACUGUUGAGGAGAAUGCAAACAGAAUGGCCAACGUUGGCUUGUCCAAGCGGCGACGGAAUGAAAUUUUGGUCGCAUGAAUGGGAGAAGCAUGGGACUUGCUCGUCCCUUGACCAACACUCAUACUUCCAAAUCACUCUUGACCUCAAAAAUCAAGUUAAUCUUCUCCAAGCACUUGCUACUGCAGGUAUUGAACCAAAUGGGCAAAGUUACUCUCUAAAAAGCAUCAAGGAUGGCAUAAAAGAAGGUGUUGGGUACACACCAUAUGUGGAGUGCAAUGUUGAUACAUCUGGAAAUAGUCAACUUUACCAAAUUUAUCUUUGUGUAGAUCGUUCUGCAUCCACUCUUAUUGAGUGUCCUAUUUUUCCUCAUGGAAAAUGUGGUUCUGAAAUUGAAUUUCCUAUCUUUUAAAUUGUAAUUCUAGUUAAGCAACAACAUAAUAUGAGAUGUUUUUAUUUUUUUUUUCUUAAUUCUUUCAAUAUCAGAGAUAAGAGUUUUAUUUAUCAGAUAUUUAAAUGAGAGAAAUUAUACUUUUCAUAAAGAC